AUGUUGGAAGAAAGGAAAAAUGUAUUUUUAUCCAAAUAUUUUAAUAUAUUGAAAACAAAUCUAGUGCCAAAAUUUGAUAUAGCAAGAUGUGAUGCACCUAAAAUGUGGAGAAUGGCAAUGGGUGGUGUGGACCCUGCUACACCCCAAGCUGAGUCGUUUAUUAAUUUUCACAACCACACUGUCACAUAUAUGGUUUUUAUUAUGUUUACUGUUCUUUUAUCAUUAAAAAGAUGA